AUGGCUGCUAACGAAUUAGCUUCGAACUUCGACGAGACAGAACUUAAGAAUGUUAUUAAUCAGCUUAUAGAAGACAUAAUUAAUACGCUAAUAAUAAAUAUUUCGACGGAAGAGACCUGUUCGGUUGAUGACAGCGGCCGUGAACCGACGUUGCCCGGUGGCGACGAGGAUUUCACGACAUUAUCUUAUGCACCAAUCAUCGUCGUCAAGGACCGGUCGGAUGGAGAUGGCUGUACGUCGGUGGAAGAAAUCGAGACGGUUCCGGCCGAGGGUCGUGAACCUAGUCACAGUUCCGGACACCUGUCGAGUGGGCUGGACCCGGGGGCAACAACCCUGGACGCCGACGAUCUCGAUUUUCCACCGCGUGGCGUGGAGUCAAGCGCGUGGUUCGGCUGUGUUUCGGGUGUUGCCGCCAAGGCGCAUAACGCCCCUCGAAAACCUUGGCCAAAUCUCUGGACUGCAAGACGACGGUGA